AUGAAGCAUGCGACCGCCUGCCCCGAAUGCAGAGUCACCAAAAUCAGGUGCACGCAGGAUCCCGGAGAUCCGCAGUCAGCAUGUCUAACCUGUCAGAGGCGAAACAUCAAGUGCUCAAGACUGUGGAAGAGACCCAAAGUAUAUACGACUGUUCCCUGGACAGGGCCAAACACAUGUACUAUUGCGCCCCCAGCAGACCUGCCACAAUGGGAUCGUGAGUUGCGCUCAUUGACCCCGAAAGAGAUAUCCCACUUUAUCCAGUUGUACUUCAAAUUUGUUCAUGAUCGGCCGCACAGUCUGUUCCAAGAGUGGACCUUCUGGGAGCAGUAUCACAGCGGCACGUUGUCCGACACCAUGCUUGCAGCGCUCUGCGCCUUGGGGUGUCGGUUGUCUCUGGACGAGGCGCACCGUAAUCUCUCGACUUUCUUCAUUUCGAAGGCAAAAUCUCUCAUCUCCCAGAACCUUGAAGAUAUCUCCAUUUCAAAUGUACAAGCUUGCAUACUCCUCGCCAACAGCUAUGCCGCGGAGCAGAACCACAAGUUGGAAGGCUUGUAUUUUGGUAUUGCAAACCGAAUGGCGUACAUUCUGGGCCUUCACAAACAAGAUAACAGAGAUCUCCCCAUCUUGAAAGAGACGAAAUGUAGAAUCUGGUGGUCUUUGUUCAUGGCGGACAGGUGGUGCACACCCGGGCUUGGCCUACCUCGCGAGAUUCCGUUCAUCAAUCGAUCCAUGGAAUUGCCCAUGGACGAAAGAGAUUUCCAACUCCUGCGACCAGCCGAUGAGCUCUCGUUCGAGCGGCAAAGGAACGGUCUUUGGGCAUAUAAUAUCACAUUGGUGGACAUCGUUGACGAAAUCCAAGACAUGAAUCUUUCCCUUACCCAAGACUACGUGGAUCGACCGACAGUCGAUGCUCAAGUACAGCGCAUCGAAGCCCGUUUGCAAGACUGGCACAACUCACUACCUCUGUACAUGAUCAUGAACGAGCCAAACCUCGAACGGUACCGAAAGCAAGGUACCGGUGGUCUGUUUGUUGGUCUCCAUCUGGGAUACCAUUACUUCCACACCUUGCUGUACUUUCAAUAUCUUGAACCAAACUGCGAACCCAAUCCUAGGACCAUUGCAUAUGCCAGUAAAUGCAGGUCCCAUGGGUUGUCAUUCAGCCGCUUACUAUGGACAGCCCGCGGGCUGGGAGACUGCCAUGUAGUGUUUCUGACAGUUGCACACAUGACCAUAGUGUCAUCAUCAGUGCUAUUACACUUACUGUUAUUCGGCAACCCUGAAGAGGUCGACACCGCGAAGCUACAGCUCACGCGCAAUUUCGAAGCCUUGAUGGAACUUUCCAAGUAUUGGCCUCGUGUGGAUAAGAUGAAGGAUCGUUUGUUCGUGUUCCAGGAAGCAUGCCUUCGAUCAUCUGCCGCCAGUACUUACACUGUCAAUAGAUGGGUUGUCAGAUUCCUACUGGAAUAUGCGCUCCCAUUCGAAAGGAACGGCACUGAUGAAGAUACUUGUGCUGCGACCGCCGCUGUGUUUAAGCAUAGUCCUUCAAGUUCAAAUGUGCCACUUGAACGGCGAAUCAUGUUGGACAAGGCUCUCGAAGACCUUCGAAAUUGA